UCCUCUAAGGUCAUAGAAAAACAACUUCACCGAUACAAUCAUAGAUAUUCAUAGCUUUUAUAACAUAUACCUCGUUUUAAAAACAAUUUCAAUAUGUACACCAUAUAUUUAGCAUUCUUGUUGUUUGUAACAACAGCACAAUCUCAAAUUAAGAAUAACUCCACCAUAAUUUUCCCGUUUGAAUCCUACGAAAAUAUCUCAUUCAUUACGGACGAUAAACGAAUAGGAAAUGGAUACACCAUCGAUAUCGCUUACGCAAACUUUUACAUUUACGUUUCAUGUCCUCACAAAAGCUGCGGAGGCACAUUGGUGAGACGAAACAAAGUUAUAACAGCCGCCCAUUGCGUCGAUAGUUGUAAUUUUCGCCAAUUUGAGUUCACAGUUGGAUUGAAUUCCCUUUCGGAACUUUCGGUAGCUAAGAAGUACAAAGCUAAAUCAAUCAAGAUUCAUCCUAAGUACGCUGGUAGUCGUCCUUACGAUAUAGCUGUAGCUACACUUAAACAAAAUGUUGAGUUGAAUUAUAAAGUUGGUACGAUUAAUUACGCAAAUAUAAUUCCACCCGUUGGUGGAUGGUUAUGUAUAUAUGGUUACGGGCUUAUUAAUCUUAAUAAAGAGAGGCCAAAUAAUUUACAAAAAGGUGCUGCAAAUAUUAUUGAUGUUAAAGGUACAUUAAUACGUACACAAGCACAAUUUGGUUCUAGUGCUUUGCCAGGAGAUUCGGGAGGUCCCGCAUUAUACAACAAUCAAUUAGUUGGGGUAAUAUCAGGAUAUACCCAUUGCGGUAAUACCCCUCUAACGAAUUGUUUUGUCGCGGUAGCUCAUCCAGAAGUAAUGAAGUUUAUUCAUAAAUAUGCCCCUUAAUUUUAAUUUGUAUUCGCGAAUACUUCGAAUUUAUUUUUAUGCAAAAUUAAAGUCGUUUUUC